AUGGAGUCAAAUCUGACGUCAAGUUUCCUUAAAAUUGGUGAUACAGUAGCUUUAUAUGCCGAAGGAACUGUUUGUGGAUUUAUUAGUACUCUCGGUCUUGUUGAUGAUCGAUGUGUUGUACAACCUGAUUCCGGUGAUUUACAGAAACCACCAAAAAAAUUUCGAGAUUGUCUAUUUCGUAUUUGUCCAAGUCAUCGAUAUAGUGCUCAAACUCAAUAUUGGAAUGCAUUAAAAAGUUCAAGUAAUGCUAGAGAUUUAAAAAAAUUACAACUUGCUGCCGAUACAGAAAAACGUCAAAAUGAAGAAGAAAGUCGAAAACAAACUGGCACUAUUAUAAAAUAUGGCGAUACUGUUGCACAGUUAUUACAUAUAAAAAGCAAUAAAUAUUUAACUGUGAAUAAACGUUUACCAGCAUUUUUGGAAAAAAAUGCUAUGCGUGUUUCCCUCGAUAAUAGUGGUACUGAAGGUUCAUGGUUUCAAAUUGAACCUUAUUAUAAAUUACGAGCAAAAGGCGAACGUGUUGUAGUAGGUGAUAAAGUUGUACUUAUGCCAUAUAGUGGUGGACAACCAUUACAUGUUAGUGAAUUGGAACUACCAGAUCAUCCUGGCUCCAAAGAAGUUAAUUCUCAUCUUCAAACAAGUUGGAAAAUUGUUUUAUUUAUGUCAUGUCGUGAGGCAACAAACGAAGUACUUAAAAGUGGUGAUAUUGUUCGUUUAUUUCAUGCUGAACAAGAAAAAUUUUUAACAUGUGAUAAUUAUCGAAAAAAAAGUGUUGUCUUUCUACGUGCUACUGGUCGUGUAUCAGCAACAGCAGCAACAUCAUCAAAUGCAUUAUGGGAAAUAGAAGUUGUACAACAAGAUCCAUGUCGUGGUGGUAUUGGACAAUGGAGUUCAUUAUUUCGUUUUAAACAUUUAGCUACAGGACAAUAUCUUGCAGCUGAAGUUGAUAAUGAUCAAACAUUUGAUGCAACGCGACAAAAGCUACGUGGUCCACCAGGUACACCUGUUUUUGCUCUUGUGCCUAUUCCACAUGGUUAUGAUAUAUCAUCGAUAUUUGAACUUGAUCCAACAACAAUAACACGUAAUGAAGAAGCUGUACCAUGGGGUUCAUAUGUACGUUUACAACACAUAUGUACAAGCACAUGGGUACAUUCAACAAAUAUUAAAUUAGAUCCUGAUGAUGAUAAUGUACGUUUUAAAAUUGGUUGUGCAUUAACAAAAGAAGAUCGUGAAGCAUUUCAAAUAGUACACGUUUCACCAGAUGAAGUACGAGAUUUAGAUUUUGCUAAUGAUGCGGCACAACAUUUUGAUAUGACAGUGUCAAAAUGGGAAAAAGUUGGAGCUAUGAAUGUACAUGCUAAUGAUAGAAAGCAAGUAAUAAUGCUCUUAACAGAUAUUGUAUACUUUCUUGCUUGUCAAGAAAAUAAUGGUACUGAUCCAUUUGAAAUACAAAUUUUAAAACCAAAUCGUGAAAGACAAAAAUUAAUACGUGAACAGAAUAUACUAAAACAAUUAUUUCGUAUUCUUCGAGUAUUAAAACCACGUUUAGAGCAAGAACGUUCAAAUGUAAGUUCAACAAAUACUUCAGCAACACGUUCAGAUUAUCAUUAUCAUCAAUAUCAAAGUUCAGCAAUAGUAAAUAGUGAUUCACCUAUGUCAUCACAACAACAAGAUGCUGAUGUACGUUAUUCAACAGCAUUUUAUCAAAUAAAAACAAUAUGUCGUCUUUGUUAUCGUACACUUAAACAUUGUCAACAAGAAUAUAGAAAAAAUCAAGAAACAAUUGCAAAAGAAUUUUCUUUCAUGCAAUCUCAAAUUGGUUAUGAUAUUCUAGCUGAAGAUACAAUAACAGCUUUAUUACAUAACAACAAAAAAUUAUUAGAAAAACAUAUUACUGAAAAAGAAAUCGAUACAUUUGUUAAAUUAUUAAGAGAAAAACGAGAUUGCAAAUUUCUUGAAUAUUUAUCAGAUUUAUGUGUUUCAAGUAAUCAAGCUAUAGCAAGAACACAAGAAAUGAUAUGUAAAUCUGUAUUAGAAAAAAAUUCUGAUAUUUUAAUACGAACAAAACUUGAAACAAAAGGAUGUGUUGAAGAUAUGAUAUUAGAUGAUAGUAUGAGUCCCCCAAUGGGUUUUUCAAAUCAAAAUAUUUUACGUGAAGUUAUAUUAACAUGGGAUGGAAAAUCUGAAUCAAUUGAAUUUAUGGCCGGUGUUGUACGAGAUCAACCAGCACAUCUACGACGAGAAGAAUUUCGAACUAUUUUAGAAUAUUAUAGAUAUCAACUCAAUUUAUUUUCUCAUAUGUGUUUUGAUCGACAAUAUUUAGCUAUUGAUAAUUUAUCAUUAGAAUUAUCAAUUGAACUUAUAUUAGCAUGUACAAAAAGUGAAAAUCUUCCAGCUGAUUUACGUGCAGCAUUUUGUCGUUUAAUGAUUCAUAUGCAUGUUAAUCGUGAUCCACAAGAAGAAGUAACACGUAUUAAAUAUGCACGAUUAUGGAAUCAAGUUAAAUCAGCUAUUUCAUUAAAUGAUUAUGAUCAAACAAUAAGCGGUUCACUUGAACUAACAGAAAAAAAUGAAAGUCAGCCCAAAUUUGAAGCAACUAUGAAAUUUGUUGAAGAUUAUCUUAAAACUGUUGUUGAACAACCAAAUUCAUUUUCUGAUAGAGAACAAAAUAAAUUAACACAUGAAGUUGUAAAUUUAGCUCGUCGUUUAAUAUUUUUUGGUUUUUAUAGUUUCGAAGAUUUACUUAAAUUAACUCAAACAUUACUUGGAAUUCUUGAUACAAGUAAAGUUGUAUCAUCACAUAUUCGUCUUACAAAUCCUGAACAAGUUACAACAAUCGUAGCGAAUUCGAAAACAUCAAAAUAUGAUCAUAUGCUUUCGACAACUAAUGCAUAUAAUGUUAAUGAUGUUGUAACUGAACAACAAACAGAUAUACUUGAUAAUUUAGCUUAUGAAACUAAAAUGAAUGUUAUUGCUAUUCUUGAAUUUAUUCUUGAUAUUCGUCUUGAUUUUCGUAUUUCACGUCUUAUAUCAAUAUUUAAACAAAAAUAUAAUCGUCUUGAACCAUCAGUUAAUUCAAUUGGUACAGAUUUGCAAGCUUCGGAUAUUGAAUGUAUAUUUGAUUCUAAUUUAACACCAAUAAAUGAACCAAAUCUUGAUUUGGAUGAUACAAAAGGAAAAACAUUUCUUAAAGUUUUAAUUAAUUUAAUCAUGCAUGAUUAUCAACCAUUAGUAUCACGUGCAUUAUCAUUAUUAUUUCGUCAUUUUAAUCAACGUAAAGAAACAUUACAACAUUUAAAUCAAGUACAAUUACUUGUUAGUGAAACCGAUAUUAAAAAUUAUAAACAAAUUAAAUUAGAUCUUGAUCAAUUAAGAUUAUUUGUUGAAAAAUCUGAAUUAUGGGUUUAUAAAAAAGGAAAAGAUGGAAUAUUAACGUCAUCUAUUGGAAAUGAAAUGAAUAUUGAUCAUGAUGAUAGAAAAGAUGAUGAAUUUGAAAUUAAGAAAUUAGCUACAUCAUCCGGUUUCAACGAUACCGAAUUCGAUAUAACUGGUCCAAAUAUCAGUGAAGAAUCUGCAUAUCGAUAUACAUCAAUAUUUCAGAUUCUUCGUCGAAUGAUGAAAUUAUGUGUUGUUGAGGGUGUUGAUGGAAAUUUAUAUGCUCGAGAAAAUGAACAACGUUUAUUAAGAAAUAUGGAUGUGCAUGUUGUUGUACUUGAUUUAUUAAGAAUUCCAUAUGAUAAAGCUGAAGAUACUCGAAUGAAUCAUAUUAUGAAAUUAGCACAUAAUCUUUUACAAUAUUUUUGUUAUAAUAAUCCAACAAAUCAAGCAAAAUUAUAUGAAUUAUAUUUUAAUGAUUAUCAACAAAUAUCUGAAGAACAAGAAGUUGAAACAUGUUGUUAUAUAUUUAUGAAUAAUGUUCAAAUGUGUAAAACAAUAACUGAAAAACAUGUCCAACAUUUUGUUCAUUUAAUUGAAUUACAUGGUAGAAAAGUAUUAUACAUCAAAUUUUUACAAACAAUUGUUAAAGCUGAAAAUCAAUAUAUUAAAAAUUGUCAGGAUAUUGUUAUGUCAGAAUUGGUUAGUUCCGAUGAAGUAUUAAUGUUUUAUGAAAAAGGAAAUUUAUCAGAUCUUGUUGAACGUAUGCAAUCCGAAAAUGAACGUUCAGAUCCAAAUUCAUUAUUAAAUUAUCACAUACAACUUGUUCAUUUAUUAGCAAUGUGUACUGAAGGAAAAAAUGCAUCAACAGAAAUAAAAUGUCAUUCAUUAAUUGGUUUAGAUGAUAUUGUUUUAAUUGUUACACAUCCAGAUUGUACACCUGAAGUUAAAACUGCAUAUAUUACAUUUUUAACUCAUUGUUAUAUUGAUACAGAAGUUGAAAUGAAGGAAAUUUAUAAUAGUCAACAUAUUUAUACUUUAAUUGAAAAUUCAUUUUGUAUAGAUAUUGAAAAACUCAUAACCAAAACAUCUGAACGUCGUAAUUUAGAAAAAUAUAUAUUAGAUACUGUAACUGAUUUAAUUAAUCAAUUUUUCAAUUCACCAUUUUUUGAACAAUCAUCAGCACCACAGCAUCGCAAUACAACACUUAUAUCAUUAUAUAGUCAUCUAGCUCGAUUAAUAAGUGUACCAUGGUUAACAACAUCUGAACGUGAACGUGUAGAUAGAUGUAUUCAUAUUUUAUCAUUAAUUGCUGAUCGUCGUGGUCUUAGUCAUUUUUUACGUUCAAAUAGUACAUCAAGUGAAAUGUCAACUCGUUCACGACGUACAAGUCGUAGUGCAACAUCUGAACGAGUACAUAGUGUCGAUGCGGCAUAUAGUGCAGCACAAAGACAUGAUCAUUUAGAAGAUGUAGAACAUAAACGUGUUAUUGAUAAUUUUGUGGAUUUUCUUUCUCAAGUUAGUGUUAGACUUAAUCCACUUAUUCAAGCUGAAGUUAGCGUACUGGUAGAUGUUAUUCGAGCACCACAUGCACUCUUUUCUGAAACACAUGAAUCUCGUUUGAAAUUUCUCGGUGGAACAUUUGUACACAAACUAAUAAAUCAUACAACAAUGAUGUUAAUAAAAUAUCAUGAAAAACAAUUGAGUUUUCAUGUACUCAAUCUCUUAACCGAUUAUGCUCGUACAAUGCAGCAUAAACAGAUUCUUCAUUGGGAAUCUAAUCAUGAGGGACAAAAUUUAAGAUUAAAAUUACUUCGAAGAUAUUUUUCUGAUGAUAAACAAUAUUUAAAAUCACUUCAUCAACCAUUAAAAGAAGAAGAUGCUAUUGAAAGAUUAAGAAUAACACAAAAUGAAUUAAAUACCCAAGGAGCCAGUGAUCUUGUUGUAGAAUUAUUUAUGAGUGAAUCACCAAUAAAUAUACUUGAAGAAAGUGUUAAUUUAGCUAUAGCAUUAUUAGAAGGUGGAAAUACAGAAGUUCAGACAAGUAUUUGUCGUCAUUUACAUGGAUGUGAGACAGCAUCGGAAAAAUUUUUUCAAGUUUUUUACGAUAAAAUGUGUAUUGCUCAAAAAACAUUAAAAAGCAUGCCAUCAACAACACCUGAUUUAGAACAACGAAAUGAUGAGUUUGAUGAUGUAGUAUUUACACCAAGAUCUGGUUUAAUAUCACCUAUAUUCAGUCCAUCAGUUAUUGAUCGACAAACAUCCGUUGCUGUUGAUCAACAAUCAUCAAUGAUUCCAAUAACAGAUAAUGAUUUUAAUUUUGACCAACAGUCAACUAUUAUUUCAACUGUUAAUUCAUCAGAAGAAGGUCAGCGGAAUUUUUUUAAUUUAUAUAUUAUGAAAUCAAUUGAAAUUUUCAUUGGUUUAGAUAUUGUUUCAAUUCCUCAAUCACAAGAACAACCACAAGCAUUAGUUGUAAUAUCAACUACUUAUCAAGAGCCAGCUGCAUUAGAAAAUACAAAAAAUUCACCAACAUCAUCAUUUGAUAGUUUUGAUUAUCCCUCUCAAGGUCGUCGUUAUAAACUUCCAUUUGAAAUUCGUAUAAUGCAACCAAUAUUACGUUUUCUACAGUUACUCUGUGAAAAUCAUAAUCCUGAAUUUCAGAAUUAUCUUCGAUUACAAGAUCAUAAUAAAACAAAUUAUAAUCUUGUUUGUGAAACGUUAAAAUUUCUUGAUGCUAUUUGUGGUUCACAAACUGGUUUACUUGGUUUAUUAGGAAAUUAUAUCAAUGAAGAUAAUGUUGAAUUAAUCAAUCAAGCAUUAAAUACAUUGACUGAAUAUUGUCAAGGACCAUGUCGAGAUAAUCAAGAUGCUAUUGUUAAUCAUGAAUCCAAUGGUAUUGAUAUAAUCAUUGCUAUUGUUUUAAAUGAUAUAACACCUUUAAAUCAAAAAAAUUAUGAUCUUGUACUUGAAUUAAAAGAUAAUGCAUCAAAAUUACUUUUAGCUGUGAUGGAAAGUCGAGAUGAUAGUACAAAUGCAGAACGUAUUCUUCGAAAUAUUGUACCUAUUUCACAAUUACUUGAUGUUGGUUGUGAAAUUUAUGCUCGUGGUAAACAACAAGAAAUAGAAGAAAAAAAUACACAAGAAAGUGAAAAUGAUGAACUAUUACAUGACGAAGAAGCGAAUGAAAGCUCCGAUAAUGUUGCUCAAACAGUUGGUCAUAAUAUAUAUAUUCUUGCAUAUCAGCUUGCUCGUCAUAAUCGUGAACUUGAAGUUUUAAUGAAACAUCGAACAUUAAAUGAUGAAGCAUUAUCAUAUUACCAUAAACAUACAGCUGAAAUUGAAAUUAUUCGACAUGAUCGAUCUAUUGAACCAAUUGUCUUUCCUGUCCCACAAUUAUGUGAAUUUUUAACCGUUGAAAAAAAACAAAAAGUCUUUCUAACAUGUGAACAAGAUGAACAAGGUUCAAAAGUAAAAGAUUUUUUUGAAAAAUUUCCUGAAAUAUUCGAAGAAAUGAAAUGGCAAAGAAAAUUACGUCAUCAACCAACACUAUAUUGGUUUUCAUCACAUAUGUCGUUAUGGAGUGAUAUAUCAUUUAAUUUUGCUGUCCUAAUUAAUAUUCUCGUUGCUGUUUUUUAUCCAUUUAACAAAGGUCUUAAAGAUCUUGAUCCUCGUGCAUCAGCAGCUAUAUGGAGUGCAUUAUUUAUUACAUUAAUUGCUAUUUUAAUAAAACCAAAUGUAACAUCAAUGCGUAUGUUUUUUGUUGCUGGAAUUUUACGUUCAAUUUAUUCAGUGGGUCUUGGACCAACUUUAUGGUUAAUGGGUGCAAUACAAGUUUUAAAUAAAGGUGUAUUUUUAGUUAGUUUCAUGGGUAAUAAUGGAACAUUUUCAAAAUCAAGAUAUGAAAAUUUAACGAAUUUUGAACUUGUUUAUCAUGUCGGAUAUUUAUUGCUUUGUGUGUUUGGUCUUUGUCUUCAUGAAUUCUUCUAUAGCUUAUUGUUACUCGAUGUUGUCUAUCGUGAAGAUACUCUAUGGAAUGUAAUUCAAUGUGUUGUACGCAAUGCUAAAUCAGUUAUAUUAACAGCUGUAUUUGCUGUUAUAAUUAUAUACUUAUUUGCUAUAUGUGGUUAUUUAUUUAUCCAAGAUGAUUUUCUUAUGCCUGUCAAUACGAAACCACUUGCAAUCGGUCAUGAAAAUGAUACGAAUGUUUUAACUACAACCAUUCCAAGCAUUAUUGAUAAUGGAUAUUGUACUAAAGAUAAUUGUACCAAUGAUACAUUAGCCAGUCAUAUUCGUCAAGCUACUCAAGCAUCAACAGUAUUGCCAGAAGAAGCAGUAGAUGAAGAAGUUGAACGGUCUUGUGACACGUUAUUUAUGUGUAUUGUAACAACACUUAAUAAAGGUUUAAGAAAUGGUGGUGGUAUUGGAGAUGUUUUAAGGCAGCCGUCUAGUCAAGAGCCACUAUACUUCUUCCGUGUUAUUUAUGACAUGAUGUUCUUCUUCAUUGUUAUAAUUAUAACUUUAAAUCUAAUUUUUGGUGUUAUUAUUGAUAAUUUUGCUGAUUUACGUACGGAAAAACAACGAAAUGAUGAAAUUCUUCGUAAUACCUGUUUUAUUUGUGGACUUGAUCGUAAAUCAUUUGAUAAUAAACAUGUUACAUUUGAAGAUCAUAUUCGUAAAGUUCAUAAUAUGUGGAAUUAUGUCUAUUUUAUGGUAUUAAUUAAUGUUAAAGAUCCAACAGAAUAUACUGGACCAGAAAGUUAUGUUCAUGAAAUGAUUGAACAACGAAAUCUUGACUGGUUUCCACGAAUGCGUACAAGUAGUUUAGACAUUCAAGAAGAUAAAUUUAAAGAAGAUCAAGAUAGUAGAAUAUUAAAAUUUCAAAUGGAAGAUGCUAAUAAAGCUAUAAAAACGUUAACGAUGGAAUUAGCUGAAUUACAAAAAAUAGUUACAGAAUCUCGAGCACAAAAGCAUCGAAUGAAUUUUCUUCAAAAUCCAUCACUACCAACACCAUUGAGUACAUAA